AUGGCACCAUCAAUCGUGACCUCAAACCUACCAACCUCAUCUGUGGCGGACGGUAAGGUCCCUGUGGGUUUCACCACCAAAGACGCGAAGGACCUUCCAGAGACCUUGCUUUCGCAUUUCGCUGACAAGAUCAACGGCAAAACCACCGAUGGUCCGAAAUCCACAACUCCCGACCGGCUCAAGGAACACUCAAUUCCAUUCAAUGACCAAUACGCCUUAAACCCUCGCAAACUCCGUAUCAUUACGAUCGGCGCGGGCUUCUCUGGACUAGUGCUUGCGCACAAAUUCCAACAUGCCUACCCGGAGCUUCAGGACUUUGUUGAUCACACGAUCUUCGAAGGUCGAAGCGAUAUUGGAGGAACAUGGCUAGUCAAUACGUACCCAGGCGUGCAAUGCGAUGUGCCCUCUCAUAUCUAUGCCUUCCCAUUUGACCCGAACCCAGACUGGCCCCGCUUCUAUUCCAGCGGACCUGCGAUUCAAGAGUAUAUCAAGACGACAGUAAAGAAGUGGAACCUUGAUCGUGAUGUGCAAUUAGAAACCCAGGUUGUUGGUGCCUACUGGCAAGAAGAUUCAGGAAAAUGGAAGAUUACUGUGAAGCAUGGUGGAGUUGAACGUGCUGAGUACUGUGACAUUUUGAUCUCAGGCCAGGGUAACUUGGUGAGCCCUUCCUGGCCAAAGAUUGCCGGACUUUCCGAUUUCAAAGGCCAUGUUACGCACUCUGCACGAUGGGACCACGACUUCGAUUACUCCAACAAGCGGAUAGCUGUCAUUGGCAACGGAUCGUCUGGCAUCCAGAUUGUACCUCAAAUGACCAAACUGCCGGGUACGACAGUGCGCAACUUCAUUCGUGGUCCAGCUUGGGUCUAUUACCGUGUCCCACCUUCUAAGCAUCUUGGGAGAGAAACCGAGGACACCAACCCGGAAUUCCUCGAAGAAGAGAAAGAGCGGUUCCGUGACCCUGUUCAACAUCGGGAAUACCGUAAAGGAAUUAUCCACCGUACCAACAAGGCAUUCCGCUUGUUCAUGAAAGGAGAGCCCAAUGAAACUACCGUGGCACUAGCAUCAGCCCAGAUGGCCGAGAAGCUCAACCAUGAUCCUGUGCUGUGCGAACAGCUUAUCCCUAAGUGGGAGAUCGGUUGCCGUCGAGUGACCCCUGGCCCUGGCUACCUAGAGUCCUUCUCAAAGCCGAAUUGCAGUCUCACGUCGAGUCCAAUUACGAAGAUCACCGAGAAGGGUAUUGUCACUGCUGACGGGCAGGAGUUUGAGUGCGAUGUUUUGGUUUGUGCUACUGGCUUCGAUGUCUCUAAAUGCCCUCAAUACCCGCUCGUCGGCCAGAACGGAGUCAACCUCGCCCAGAAAUGGAAGGAUGAGCCCACCUCAUACCUAUCAGUAGGAACCGAUGACUUCCCCAACUAUUUCACAAUGGCCGGCCCCAACUGCCUCUGCGGCCACGGAUCCCUCGUCGAAGCAUUGAACUGGACAGGCGAUUACUUUGUCAAAAUGAUCAAGAAGAUCGCCACAGAAGACAUCAAGUACAUGGUCCCCAAGGCCUCGUCCGUGCACGCCUUCGGCAAAUACCAAGACGAGAUCCACAAGACAUUGGUGUGGUCCGGCUCCUGUCGCAGCUGGUACAAGAGAGGCACCGUGGACGGCCGAGUCACACAUCUCUUCGCAGGCAGUGCUAUCUUGUUCCGCCGCCUGCUCGGCGAGAUCCGCUCAGAACACUAUGACAUUGCUUACAACUCGGGCAAUCCCUUCCGCUUCCUGGGCAACGGAUUCACUGAGUGGGAAAUGAAGGAGGACGCCGAUCUGGGAUGGUACGUGAAGGUCGCUAAACCGGGGCCUGAGGCCUAUGCUGGCGAUGAUAAGAGCUGGGUAGCGAAAUAG